GACUUGCAAGUACCCCACUCUGCACCCUUUCUCGCUGUGAAGGGGGCGCCCUGCUUGUAAACGUCCCGUCAGAAACCAUCGCAAAUGUCUGAUCCAGCGCGGGUCGUGUGCGCUCUAAAGAGACCCAGCAUGCUGAGUCUGGACGACUCCGACCCAAAAACACGAAAGCUGAGCGCGACCGCAGAUGAAAUCAGCGAGGAAUCCUCCCAUCAUCUACCGCGCAGGAAGGGCUUCCCCCGACUCUCUGUGCCUUCCUGCCAGCCUCCGUGUGCCCUCAGCCACGAGCAAGUGUGUGAGCUGCUGCAGUUUGCUGCCCUGGGUAAAGAGCAUGGUGUGAAACAGCCCAGCUGGUGUCGUCUUCGACACAGGAGCCGGCUCUCUGGAGUCAGUGUGAUCGUCUUACAAGGUGUCAGUCAGCUGCACUUCUACAGACAUUACCUGCAGCUGGGGAACAUCAGGGCGAGAUUCCGGCUGAGAUGCAGCCUGCCUCCUCCGCCUCCUGAUUUUCUCUCCAUAGUGCUGGCUGCUCGGGACGCUGCAUCAGCACACAGGACACGGGAGCAGCCCACAGCACAGGACUCCCCUGGGACAGUCACUCUGCACUGUGAGCUUGGCUCAGACAGGCCAGGGCUCACCAGCUAUCUGCUGAGCAGAGAGGAGAGGGAGCGCUACAACUUCCCCCAGGAAGGGGCUCCAGGCUGCGAACUCUAUGUUUCCACCGAGUGUGACGGCCAGGUUACGGACAGCAGCCCGCUGUUCGGUCUUGACUGUGAAAUGUGCCUGACGGAGAAGGGGAGGGAGCUGACGAGGGUCUCGCUUGUGGACGAGGAGGGACGCUGCAUCAUGGACGAGCUGGUCAAACCAGAGAACAGGAUCCUGGACUAUCUCACCAGGUUCUCCGGCAUCACGAAGGUGCUGCUGAAUCCAGUAAGAACGCGGCUUCAGGACGUCCAGGCCAGGCUGAAGCAGCUCCUGCCCCGUGACGCUGUGCUUGUGGGCCACUCCCUGGACUGUGAUCUGCGGGCUUUGCAGAUGACCCACCCCUUCGUCAUCGACAGCUCCUUGUUGUUCGUACGGGAAUUCGGCCUCCGAUUCAAACUGAAGUUCCUCGCAGAGGCUGUGCUGGGCCGGCAAAUCCAGUGCGAGGACAGGGAGGGUCACGACCCCACAGAGGAUGCAGGAGCUGCGCUGGAACUGGCCCGGUACUUCAUCAGAGAGGGACCCGGCCAGGUCGCACAGUUAAGCUUAGAGGAUUCACUGAAGAGGCAGAGUGGCGGCACUACACAAGUAAAUGGGUCCUCGUGGGCUGGUUCAUGUAGGAAUGGAAUCCACACUCCGCGACGCAGAAGUCUUCUAGAUGAUCUGCAUGCGGCGGGUUUGUCAGGAAUUCACAUUGUCAGAAAAGGGCAGGAGGAUAGAAUCGCUUGUCCAAAAAAGUGGCCAAGGAUGGAGUACAGCUCUGAGACCGAGCUUCUGGCAAAGGCUAGCGGUGAAAUCCCAGCAAGCUUCUUCAGCAUCGUCCAGUGUGCUUCCUUCUCUGAAUACGCUCAGUCGAACCCAAGUCUGCGGGGCGCUUCUCAGCGACAGAUGCAGGGCAGGCUGGCGGAGAUGUGCACCGUCUAUGCUGGGCCCUUUCGCAGGGAUUUCACACUGAAGUCUGCCAGGAGGCUGCUCCGGCGCUGUGGCCCCAUUCGAUCCAUGAAGCUGAUCAGCGGCAGCCACAAGCCCUACGUAGCUGUUGAGUUUGAAGUCCUGGAAGCAGCCCAGCUGGCCGUGGAGGUCCUCAAUGGUUCCAAGUUGGAGGGCAGCUUUAUAAAGGUGCAGAGGCCCGUCACAGAGACAGCGCUGGACUGGGACGAUCUCUUCCGUGCGCUGGAGAGAGACUUGCUCAACGAGAACCUUGUUUAUGUGGCAGGAUUGUCGAAGAGCCUGACCCAGGAGGCCCUGCUCCAGCGCUUCCGUGAAUUCGGACACGUCGAGACCGUUCUUCUGCCCCGGGAUCCUUCGGGAGGAAAGCACCGGAGAUACGGAUUUAUCAAGUUCCGGGGUUCCCUAAGUGCCACUGCUGCCUUAUCUUCCGAGAUCGUUGUGAAAAGACGGAAACUCCUAAAGUGCCGUGCUUUGACUCCCUUCCACCUUCACACGUGGAGCAGCCAGCUGUCCUGCAGGGCCCUGGAGCAGCCAGCUUCCCAGCACAGCCCGACAGGGGGCUGCGCCCAGCAGCAAUCGCCAAGCACUCAGGAGGAUGAAGUUAAAGAGCUGAUGAUGAGAUUGGACGGGACGGUGGAGAGACUGUACAGCGAGGCUCUCCCCAGUAGAACACUGUGUGUGCUGCUGCUUCCCGGAGAGAGCAGCGAUGAUGGAAAUCUGCCAGGUCUACUCAUGGCUGGGAUUAAAGAGGAUUCUUCCGACGUGCGGAGUAUCCCAGCACUGCAGGAUUGAUGGGAAAUCGGAAGCGCUCCGGCCAGGAGUGCGAGACUGCGGGGCUGCCAACAGGAACCAGGGGACAGGAGCAGGAGCUGCCUCUGGGCUUUAAAAAUCAAUGUGCAGCAAUCACCUGAUCAGUCUCCACCCCCAAGUGCGGUCGUGCGAUUCCUUUUAAUAACAGAACUGUUUGUAAAACAACAAGGUCAUUUUGUACUCUUUUUUAAAUAUAUCAGGUGCUGUGAUAUGCAGUGAGAGAGUAAUGUUGAAUAGAAUAAUUAAAAAGUGCUUUUAUUUUG